UCUUGCUUCAAUGAACCGUAAUAAUUUGAAUUUUAAAUUACAUUUAUAGCCACCAGUUUUAAUCCUAGUGAUGCCUCACUUCACUUACAAGAACAACUUAAUAUUGUCGAAAAAUGGCUACUAAAUACAUAGAAAUCUGUUCAAAUAACGUUUACGUUAAGAACUGAGAAAUGUCCCCCCGUAACGUUAAUUGGCUCCAUAAUACCUGAAACUGUGAAAUACCUGGGUCCUUAUUUGGACAGACGACUCACAUAGAAGAUACACAUAAAAGAAAAAACGAAGCAACUUAAAUUUAAAACUAAAAAAAUGUACUGGCUUUUAGGUCAGCGAUCACAACUUAGCCUUGAAAAUAAAGUACGACUUUACAAGUCAAUGCUUAAGCCAGUAUGGACGUAUUCAAUGCAGUUAUGGGUUACGUGAACGGUUUGAAGGAAAAAUUGUUGGCACUAGGUUUAUCGGCAAAUGACCGUAAAGCCACAUUACAGGACAGACUUUGUGAGCAUUUUGGACUGACUGUAGAUGCUGAAGAGGAUAGCUCAAACAGUGAAACUAGUUCAGUGCAAACAACAUGUUGCCUCCGGUCUUCACUCUGCGCGAUCUCGAGGAAUCUCUUUAAACUUUUAGUGGUACGGGGCAACACCCAAUCGAGGAGUGGCUCGAUGAUUCUGAAUCUAAUGCCAUGGACAUAACUAGUUGCAGUGCAUUUAAGUAAUGUUUUCAAAAAGAAUUUGGAGUAGUAACAUCUUCAAACGAGGUCCAUAGGGCACUUAUUAAACGGCGAAAGCACCCAAAUUAAGAUUAUCGCGAGUAUCUUUAUAGCCUUAUGGACAUAGGUAGGCCAAUAAAGCUAGACGAAAAAAGUCUCAUCGAAUAUUUUGUAGAGGGAAUCCCAGAUACCAGACCAAACAAAGUUAACCUGUAUCAGGCUAGUUCGAUAGAAGAAUUAAAAGCUCAGAUCCUUGUUUAUGAAAACGUUCGCUCGGGGCGUCAACCCAAUGUGAGUACAUUUCAAAACAAACGUGAAGACAAUAAUUCUGUUACUACAGAUCAGGGAUCCAAUACGAAAAUUUAUUAUAGGUGUGGAGAAGCGGGUCAUUUGGCGAAUUCUUGCAAACAGCAACGACUGUUAAAGUGUUUUGGGUGUAAUCAGCCAGGACAUCGUAUUGCAGAGUGGCCAAAGAAGAGAACGGAGGUAAAAAGCGAGGGUGCAAUGGUAAAUACGCUUGAAAUAUUGCGUAUGGCAUCCCUUGGCAGCGUAGUUUUCAAAAAAGUUAACCAUUAACGGGCUUAUGUUGUCAGCAUUGCUGGACACUGGUUGCGAUAUAUGCCUCAUGCGUUACGAUGUGUUAAUGAAAUUGGGGAAGAUUGAUUUGCCCAAUGAUAUAAAUCAUCUUCGUGAAAUAGGAAACAAUAUAUGUAUGUUCUUACAACUAUGGGAACUUUCGUAAUCAAAGUUAGCUUAGAUGGAGUCAAAGUUGAUAUCAAUUUCCAUGUAGUGCGUGAGAGUGACCUUACAAAAAUCGGGAACAGUGUAUUAUAAAGGAAGGCGGGGUAGAAUUUAGAGCAAAAGUGAAGAAAACGAAGCUUCAAAACCCCAUAGUAGAGAAAAGUGAAGGAAAAAUAGAAGUUCUUAAUGAGUUUGAGGAUCUGUGCAUGGUCACGUCUGUGUUGUGACUACCGACGUUUGAACGAAAAAAUCAUGAGGGAUAAUUUCUAAUGCAACUCAUAUAUGACGUUUUCGAGAGAUUACAAGGCGUAAAAGUAUUUACAAUGUUAGAUUUACGGAAUGGAUUUUUCCAUGUGCCAAUAGGUCAGGUUCGUCAUCAAGGUCAAUACGAAUUCAUUUAUAUUCCUUUCGGUAUUUCCAAUUCCCCAGCAGUGUUCACUCGAUACAUUUUCGCGGUGUUUCAAGAUUUUGUGAAGGAUGGCGUCGUGGUAACUUACAUGGAUGAUCUUAUAAUUCCUUCUAUUAAUUAGGACGAGGGGGUACAUAAGUUGAAAGCUGUGUUGAACAUGGCGGCAUGUUAUAACAUAAGGAUUAAGUGGGAGAAAUGCCAGACGACUGUUGAUUUUCUGGGGUAUAUUAUAGAGUGUGGUACCAUCAGAAGAAAAAACGCAGGCAGUAAGGAAUUUUCCGACACCAAUGGAUAAAAGCGGUGCAAAGAUUCUUAGGGCUUCUUAUUUUCGCCGUUUCAUAGAAGGAUAUGCAGUAGUCCCUAAACCACUGUCUGGCCUGUUGCGUAAGGAUGUAGUUUUUGUGUUUGGUACCGCACUGCAAGCCUCGCUGAAGUAACUAAAGGCAGCUCUGGCUAGUGCACCAGUAUUACAGUUGUACAAUCCGAAGGCUCUAACUGAAGUUUAUACGGAUGCCUCAAUACAUGGAUAUGGUGGUGUACUCUUACAAAAGGACAGCGAAGAUUUGCACUUUCAACCAAUCCAGUACAUGAGUCGGAAGACAAAGCCAGCAGAAGAGAAGUACCAUUCGUAUGAGUUAGAGGUGUUAGCGAUUGUUGAAGCACUUAAGAAGUCUUUUAGGGUUGCAUCGUUACUGAUUGCAACGCGUUCGCAAUGACCAUGAAAAAGAGGGAUAUUCCGCUAAGAGUAUCUCGGAAGAUGUUGCUAUUACAAGACUUUGACUAUGAAAUAGAACACCGGAAUGGCUCCAAGAUGCGUCACGUCGAUGCGUUAAGCAGAAUAGCGUGUCUUAUGUCUUAGCAACAGGAUGAAUGCCGCUGUUUUCGGUAACCCACGGCGUAUUAUAAUGGAUAGAGAUGCUGCGUUCACGGGAAAUCUCUUUAAAGAUUGCUGUGCGAGUGAAGAUCUCGAGCAUUUUGUAAUAGCUACAGGUUAUUUGUAUUAGCUACAGGCGUACGCAUGCAAUUCUAAACAUACACCUUGAAUGAACGGACUCAACGAAAGCAAAGAACGCCGGCAGCGACGGUUAAAAAGACGGGGACUUGAUUUUAAAAAUUCACAGCAUACGGACGUGCGCUCCAAAGAACAUUUAAUAAAUUAACUU